UGGAGGUGUGCAUUGCUUUGCUUUCAAGGUUGUUGAUCAGUGGGUUGUUGUUCCUGCCCCAAUGAAAGGAACAUGGCGUAACGUAUGUCUAUCAUUGAUCUAUGACAGAGUGUUGAGGUUGAAUGAUGGGGCAACGACCCACGAUGCUUGCCAAUACAUAUUGGAGAUGUAUCGUGUUCUACAGGCAAAGGGUGAGUUGCGGCUCAACGAUUUCGUAUAUGACAACUUUGACUGCGGACAGUUGUGGGUGUUGGGUGGCCAGCAACGCAUGGGGGGGGACGCCAGUCAGCCAGAACGAUGCAAAAAGGGAUCCUCGAUGGGGUUGGGUGCCAUCUGCAAUCCCAUUUGGAUAUGGCCGUGUUAAGAUGCAAGUGCGUGAUAUCAUGGGCAAUGUGUGGAGCGCGCAUUACGUGAACGGCAUGUUUUCCUUCCGUCAUUUCGACAGAGAAGCGACUGCAGACGAAAAGGAGACGAUGACAUGCCGAACACGCGAUGCACGCAUCUUCUACCCACCAAUUGGCAAUCCUGUCGAGUUGGCCCUCGCUGAAGGGAUGAUGUUUAGUGGUGAGAAGUGCAUCACAUACGUCCACGUAAGGGGGAAAGAAGCCACAUUUGAUGGCAUCUGUAUGGACGUAUGGGACCAUGUGGCAAUGCGGAAGGAUGUGUUUGCAGCCAGUAACAUUGCGGCCCAUGUGAUUCAAGAAGGGCAAUUGUACCAGCGUGUGGCCCGUGACAUGUACAGGUACCAUGUCAAUUGGGUACCUGGUUCUUUGCAUCCAACAGUUGUUGAUGGCAAAGUGACACUGGCAGCAAGAAUGCAAUCUGGUGAGUGGCUGCCUUUGGGUUGGAUGCAUGCUGGCGUUGUGGAGCAUUGGCAGUUCUUGGUGGUGGUGACACGUGUCUCCGUUUGCAAUCCUCAUGUGAAGGACUGGGGAUUGUUGGAGGAACACGCGCAACGUUGCUGGGAGAAGAGAAGGGAGGAAGAACAACAGAUGGUGUGCAUGGGAUACGACUCCCAUAAUGACCAGGCGAUGUGGUCGAUCGUGGAAGACUCGUGCACCGAGCAAGCACGUCCCUCGACGGAUGACAUGUUUCUGGAGGGCAUUUGACGCAGACACGGGUGCACAUCACUUCUUGGGUGGGUCCCUGUCGUCUGUCCCAUGACAUAUGAGCAUGGUGAACAGAUGUGCAUGAGAUUC